GGUUGCAGUUGACUCCUUUGACAACUGUUUCCAAUUCCAUAAACACAAAUAAAAGUGAGCAAUCAAGAUGGCGGAAAGUUUGAAUUCGUUUAAAAUUUUCCAUAUUGAAAUCCUUCUUCAUAUAAACAGUUUAUUAAAGAAGGAUGAUGUAGUUGCCCGAGUUGCAACCUGGCUGUCUUCUCAGGGCAUUAUUGGAAAAGAAAGUGUAAUCACCAAAUUUGAUGAUGAUUUAUUAUCAGAACAUAUCAAAAGUAUCAAAAUAUAUGAAAAUGACUACAAGACUGUGAAUGGUGAAUAUCCUGAAGUACGCUAUUAUGUGUAUAGUUUUAAUUCCACGGCACCUGAAAUUGAAGAAUCUGAAGACGAACAACAAAUAAGUACUCAAUGGAUUCUUCCUACACAAGAAUUCCAAAAUUUAUGGGAUUCUCUCAUCUAUGAUUCUAACGUUAAAGAUGAGUUGAUCAAUUAUGUUGGGACUGCCUUAGACUUUUCUGAUAAAUCUGUAGAUCCUACAAUUGUUUCUUGGAAUAGAAUUGUUCUUUUGCAUGGUCCUCCGGGAACUGGAAAAACUUCUUUAUGUAAGGCAUUAGCUCAAAAGAUUUGCAUUCGUUUCUCCUCAAAGUUUUCAUAUGGGCAAUUAGUUGAAGUCAAUACUCAUAGCCUUUUUUCAAAAUGGUUCUCUGAGAGUGGAAAAUUGGUUACAAAAAUGUUUCAAAGUAUAUUAAACUUAGUUGAAGAUCCUAAUGUCCUAGUCAUUGUUCUCUUAGAUGAGGUAGAAACUUUAGCUCGUUCUCGGUCAUCUUCUCUAAAUGGCAAUGAACCAUCAGAUGCAUUGCGUGUUGUGAAUGCAGUGCUAACACACUUAGAUAUGAUAAAAAGAUAUCCUAAUGUUUUGAUUCUGACCACUUCUAAUAUCACUGAUGCUAUUGAUGUAGCAUUAAUUGAUCGUGCUGACAUAAAACAAUAUAUUGGACUGCCAUCUAUUGAAGCUAUCUAUCAAAUAUACAGUACCUGCAUAAAAGAACUACAGCAGUGUGGUAUCAUUUGCACUCGUGAACUUUUAUUGCCACUACAUCGACUAAGAAUCAGUGCAGAGAACGAGCAGCAUGAACCUCGUCUAAAUGAAAGUCGAAGCUUGAAAUUAAGAACUAUUGCUGAGCAGAGUGUAGGGCUGAGUGGUCGAACUCUAAGGAAAAUGCCAUUUAUUGCUUGUGCAUUGUUUAUAAAGACAAAAUUGGUUUCACUGGAAGUAUUUCUGGAUGCACUUUCAAAAGCUGUGGAAAAGCAUUGGCAAGACGUGAAGAAUCUACAUGUACAUGUUUAGCAUUUAUAAGUUAUAGAACAACUAUACUGUUUUACUUUAUUUUAUGUAUUAUAUUAAAAUAUUGACAAGUAAAAAAAAAAAAAUUAUGGUGUAAAUUUUACUAAGAUUGUACCAAAAUAAUUCAAAUGCAUUCUGUCAAUGUGAAGAUGUAGUUAUGAUAAUAUAUUUUCUAAAGACUGAAUUUGAUGAAAACAAUAACCACCAUUCACAAUGAGCUUUUCCAUUAACCUAGAAUAAAACUGAAUUUCAUCAAUAUCACACGAUUCAAAUUCAGUUCAUAUUUUGAAUAAUUUUUGAUAUAUGCCAAUAUGAAUUGACAAAUUAUUUAAUUUCAAGAG